AAAUGAUCAGUGAUCUAUACAUCCUUUUCAAACUAGUCACUGUCUUCUUCUCAUUUGUGUCUGUAUGUCUCAUACUUACAGGAAUGUUCUUAUGCUUCACAAAUUUCAGGAAGAGGAUCCUCAUGAAUCAGGUGUUUGAAUCCAAGAAAAUUAUUGGGUUCUACCACCCAUAUACUAAUGCUUGUGGUGGAGGAGAGAAAGUUCUUUUCUUAGCCCUAAAAGCUAUCUCAGUCAUGGCAAAAAGAACUAAAUCCAAAAUUGUAAUCUACACUGUUGAAGACCAAGAUGCCGAAGAGAUAGUGCAAAGAGCAGCAGAGAGAUUUAACUUUAAGGUAGAUUUUGAGUUCAAGCUGGUGAGAAUCACAAGAAGAUAUUUUACCGACCAACACUCUGUAGUCAAGCUUUCUUUACUAAAUCAAGCUAUUGGCAAUAUUGUUUCAGUCAUUGAAGCGAUUACUACUUGCCCGCCUGACAUAUUCGUAGAUACGAUAGGUGUAGGAUUUGGAUAUCCUUUUGUGAAACUUUUUUCCCCUUCGACUAAGGUUGUUUCCUAUACCCACUAUCCUUUUAUUCAGAAAGAUAUGAUAAGCCCUGAACUUCCGAGAUACAAGUUCUUCUACUAUAACUUAAUGCUUUGGCUUUAUAAGACAGUUGGAUAUUCUGCAGAUGUGAUUAUGGCAAAUUCUACAUGGACUCAGAAACAUUGUAAGAGUUUAUGGGGAGAUACUGAUAAAAUUAAGAGAGUUUACCCUCCAUGAAACACCACUGCAUUCAGUAAAAUUCCCUUCGAUACUGCGAAGAAGGAUAAUAUUGUGUCUUUCUCUCAGUUCAGGCCUGAGAAGGACCAGUCUGGUCAGCUCAAAGCCUUCUAUGAGCUUUUAGAAGCGCAUAAAGAGAUCUCUCCUCACUUCUACAUGAUAGGAAGCUGCAGAGGAGCAGAAGAUGAGAAGCUUCUAGCAAGCCUGCAAGAAGAAGCUAAAGAACUUGGAAUCGACCAGAAAGUCACUUUCCUCAAAAACCUUCCCCAGCAAGAAGUUAUAGACAUCAUGGCUGAAGCCAAGGUGGCUAUUCAUACUAUGUGGAACGAGCACUUUGGAAUCAGCAUCGUUGAGAUGAUGGCCGCAGGCCUCAUCACAAUUGCUCAUAAUAGUGGAGGUCCUAAAGCUGAUAUCAUCCUCGAAGAAGGCAAAAGAGGAUACUUAAGCGAGACACCUAAAGAAUUUGCCACUGCGAUGCAACUCGCUCUUCAGACUUAUAACACCGCAGUCGGAAAGUCGAUCAGAAAUACAGCAAGAAAAGCUGCAAUUGAACAGUUUAGUGAUGAAGCAUUUAUGGAAAAUUUCUCUAAAUGUUUCUCUGAGGUACUCCCUCAAGACUAAUUCUUGUUAAAUUCCAAAUUCC